AGUUCCGAAUUGAGUUUCUUGUUUGAUCGUGUGUUGAUCUCAUCGUCAUUUAAUUUCCCAUUUUCGACGAUCAGAUCGAUUAUAUAUACAUAUGUAGACUUGCAUGUUCUUCUACAAUUAGAUCCAUUUCUCAAUGAACUCACCAGCAUGUUUGAGCACAGUACAACGAAGCGCUCUGUUUGGGUUACUCUGAAACGCUCAUCCCUAAAGUCAAAGGUGCAAAGGAAUAAAAUUACGACUGCUGGUGAAGGAAUUGACUAUAGAUGCCUCAUCCGUGCAACUGAUGGCAAAAAGACCAUUUCUGCUUCGGUGGGGCCUAAGGAUCACCAACGGUUUCAAGCUUCUUAUGCAACCAUUCUGAAGGCCCACAUGACUGCCCUAAAGAAGAGGGGGAGGAAGGACAAGAAGAAGGCUGCAGAGGGAGUUAAGAAACCAGAUGAUCCAAAGAAGAUAAAGACCUCUGUAUAAACUGAAGAUAAAGACCUCUAUAUAAACUGAAUCACCCGGUUUCCCCUUUUUAUUUUUCUCCUAAAUGAAUUUGUCUUUUCUUUUUCCCCCCUAGAAACCUCACAUGAUCUUCCAACUUUGAGCAAUUAAUGGAAUCAAAGACAUGGUUUUUGGUUGACUA